AGAAGGUUACAGCGCAGUAAAGGGGUAUGCAGCAUGCGCCUUUGUCAUCGCCUGUCAUUUCCACGCAGCCCCUUGCAAAGCAGCGACUGGCAGGUUCAUGAUUUCUUUUUCACAAAUAGUGAGACGAACCAAACGUCGCCGUUGUGAGAAACGCGAGUUACGUUAUUUGCUGUAGCGACCAAGUCUCAUUUUAUUCCGUACGUUCUUUUUUGGAGGUCUGUCACUCUGAACAAUAGGGUAGCCAUCGCCGGCAGCACCGUGUAUGCAUUGCAUACAGCUGCUCACUUGACCCGCAGCGACUGUGAGUGACUGACCGGACAGUUUCGUCUCCAGACUUCUUGUGUGCAUAGUGAACGGGGGUUGUCAACAAAUGCAGGAAAGGGAUCAAAGUUUCGGUAUACAAAUGCUCUCAGUCCAGCCAGACACCAAGCCGAAAGGUUGUGCUGGCUGCAACCGCAAGAUCAAAGACCGCUACCUCCUAAAGGCCCUGGACAAGUACUGGCAUGAGGACUGCCUGAAGUGUGCCUGCUGUGACUGCCGGCUGGGCGAGGUGGGCUCCACACUGUACACCAAAGCCAACCUCAUCCUCUGCCGUCGGGACUACCUGCGGUUAUUUGGUGUCACUGGGAACUGUGCUGCUUGCAGUAAACUCAUCCCUGCCUUUGAGAUGGUGAUGCGAGCUAAGGACAACGUAUACCACCUGGACUGCUUCGCAUGCCAGCUGUGCAACCAGAGGUUUUGUGUUGGAGACAAGUUCUUCCUAAAGAACAACAUGAUCCUCUGCCAGACGGACUACGAGGAAGGCUUAAUGAAAGAAGGCUUUGCACCGCAAGUCCGCUGAGAGAGAGAGAGAAAGAACACACGCAAAUAAAGAACUAAUUCCACAAACCGAAAACACCAACUUCUUUUAGCAUUUGCCCAACAUGUACAUAAGAAAUGAGGCCGGAUCCGCUGUAUAGACUAGCUGUAGGGAAUGAGGAGACUAUGAUACUAACAGGAGACUGUGAUGGAUGCAGGGAUGAGGGCAGCUUUCAUCACCCCCUUCCCAAACAACUGGCUGUAGUGUGAGUGACAAGCGGGGGUUAUUUAAUUAACUCCUGCAUCCAGAGCAGAGGAAGGGGGAGAUGCAGCCUGUCUGCUUUAGACUCUGGUCCAGUGGGGCUCUAAAGAGUGGUCUGUUCGUCCCUGGUCCUAACUCCUUACGCCCUCUGCUAUCCGUUGUGCCCAUUCAGAGAAGAACAAUCUUGAACUCAUUUCAGCCUGAAUCUGAUCCGUCCCUGGCCCUCCUGUACUGCCAUCCAGAUUGAUCUGAGACUGUUAAAGGGGUGCUGGCUCAGGCUUUACAAUUCUUAACUAAUUUCAGCAACGCUCAGCCAUCCUUUUCUUGUGAUGAGUUCUGAAGACUGAAUUAAGGAUACACAGGUAUUUCACAUACAGCAGGAUUAAACAUUGCUGCUGCUGGCAGUGCAUUUCCUGGGAUGUAGGUCAGUUUUACUCCAAUAGUUCAGUUAAAAAUCAAGACCAUGUGACCUACAGCACAAGAAGUGGUUAGGUACCAGGAGGUGGCAGACAUGUUUAUUUAUCUAUAGAGUUAUAGCUACUGUUAAUGUGUGUAUCCCAAAUUAUACAAAGAAUCCAUUACAAAAUCCAUUACUGGCUCUAAUAAGGAUUCUGAAGCGGAUUAUAAAGCCUUAGUUAGCGCUCUCUUAAAAAGUAUUGUAAAUAUAUUUGACACUUUGGUUUUUCCUUGUUUCUUUUGCUUGCUAUUGUAUAAGGUUGGUUUUUAUGCGUCACCUGGCAUGAGAUGUUUAUUUUCGGACGACUCUUGUACAUACUGUAUUGUAAUAUUUCAAGCACAAAUGUAAUACAGUUUUAUUGUGUUUCCAUUUGGGUUUGCUCUUUUCUUUCUUUCCAUCUUUCUCUUUUUGUUCCUUUCGGUACUGUUGGUAUUUUGUGCAAUUCCUUGUCCAGAUUUUAUUGUAAAUCUUUUGCUUUCUGUACUGGGAAAAUUUAAACAGAGCUGUAACUUUACAGUAAAAAGAGUUAAACAGCGACAGACAAUCCCAUUAUCUGAUUUGCCAAACCGCAUUUCUGCACCCUGAAUGCCCCAUAUAUUAAAGAGAACAUUUAACAAUGAGGAUGAUAUGGUUUAGAAACAGCACUGCUUGAGAAAAACUAUUAGUUACAUAGAGAACAAGUUUUUUACGUGAUGUGCUCCACUGCAUUCCCCAGCACCUUCUCUAUAUUACAGUCCACUAACAGGUCAGGCGUAUGCAUCAUGCUGACCACAUACACCUCUAGCCAUUGCUGGUUAGUGCUGCAGUAUUUAGUGGGAGUCAGUCCUUCAGCGGCAGGCUGUUCUGUGAAUGGGACCUUUUGUGACGUGAAUCCCAGUUUAAGUGAAUGGCAGAGAGGUUCCACCUGACUGCUCUGUUUUUCCUGGACUCCCCUGUGCUUUGCUGUAAUGCAGGUCUUGUUCUAACACACAGUCCAGUCUGUGGGGACAAGGCUGCAAUGAGUAUGAGAUCCAUAGAACUGUCUUUGAACAGGAGAAGGGGAGAUAGGCACUGUAAUGCAGCCUGUGUUCAGGACAUGAAAGGCAUUACUGUAUCUUUACAUAAUGUAACACAAAAGAAAUUUGUUUGAAGGCAUGUGUUAACUCACUGGUAUAUCCCUUCCUGCCUGUGCUGAUCAACCCAUGUUAAUAUUAGUUAAGUAAUAUACUACUGAUUACUGGUAUAUGUUACUGAUGCCUUUCUUAUAGAAGUAAUACAUUGCUGAUUACUUUUUAUUUUUAUUAUAAUAAUAAUAAUAAUAUAAUAAUAAUAAUAAUAAUAAUAAUAAUAGAAAAGCAAUUUGCAUACAGGUGCUUCUGCCGACAGCUGAUACUGCAAGAUUUCCAAGUAAAGUAACAACCCUGAAAAGUAAUCAGAUUACUUCUCAAUAUUUUUUUUUUUUUUAAAGUAAUACCUUAUUGUAAUAAGUUGCUCAAAAAGUAAAUCUGAUUACAAGUAAAUCAGCUUAUGUUUUACA